GUACUUCAUACAGGUAUUAUGCGGGUAGUUUCUGGGAUGACUGCUAUCUCCGCAUCUUGAUAAAUCCCGUGGUAGCCCGCGCUGGAUAUUACUUUCCUACUCCCACACCUCAUCUUUGUCCGGUCAUUCCAAACCGUCUCUAUCUAUCUCCUCCUAUAAUAUCUUUGCAGACAGCGCCGCGAAAUGCCAACUCCCCCAGUUCCUAGCUCUGAGGAGAUUUGCGCUAAACUCAAGGAUCUGGUAAUGAACGGCCGAACCGGCUUGCAAAAUAUGUAUGGUAGAACAGAAGUGGAGUUGAAUACAAAUCUGGAGGCACCAAUUCGAAGGGGAGAGGAAAUGGCGGUCAAGCUAGUUAAGGAGAAGGGUUGCGGUUAUGAGGUUGCUCUAGAUUUAACUGUACUGACGCUUUAUGAUGUGGCCAUUUUAAUCGAUGACUCGAGUUCCAUGGUCCACGAGGAGGGCGGCAAGAGGAAGGAGACCCUGAUACAAUAUAUCGAUCACAUCACGGAAAUCUAUAAGUUGGCGAAUCAAUCCGGUAUCCUUGCUAUGCGCUUUAUGAACCGUGGAGGGGGCAAAAAAGACUGGACCGGGCAGUCGAGACAAUAUCUGGAGCGCCACAGUUAUGGCGGCGUGACAAGGAUAGGAACGGAACUUCAGAGGAAAAUUCUGAAAAAGUUUGCAAUGGGGAAUACCAACCAGAGCAAACCUUUACUCGUGUUAAUUGUCACGGAUGGCCCGGUUGAGGGUGAGAGAAAAAGCCACCUACAAGAUGUUAUUCGGAACUGUGUGCAUGAGCGUGCCGGAGCCGGCAAAGGAUUCGAAGCUGUAGCAUUCCAAUUCUCACGCAUUGGGGACGAUGUUGGUGCAGCCCAGCUGCUGCGAAAUCUGGAUCAAGAUCCUGUCAUUGGAGAGUACAUCGACGUGUUGCCAGUUGAAUUCGAUCUUGAAAAGCAGAUGGAGGACAAGUGGUUUGUGUUACCGAAGAUCUUGCUUGGCGCAAUUUUACCCAACUGGGAUGCGCAGGAUUACUAUGAUUUUACCAGGCCUGAUGGCCUCCUCCCUCGUGCGAAUGAUGACGAUUGUGAUUCUGGAGAUUACUGGGCUGACUGAUAGAUAAUACCCCGAGUUCGAUAUGGAGGUUGUUGGGCACCGCAUCUCGAAUGAAUGUUUUCUCAAAUCCAAAUUGAGUAGGCGCAUUCUGGCUUGGUUGUGGCUUCUGGUUUUUACAGGAUUUUUUACUGUUACCGGUUGUGGUCCUGGGGAAUAGGAGACUCUGAGAACACUCUCUUGUAUAGGCAUAAGGAUAUAGGUUGAAAAGGCAAUAAAAUACUUGCGAAUUCUCGGUA